AUGAAGUUCUCCGAAAAGGCCACCCAGGAGCUUCAAGCUGUUAUGCACGAUGCUGUCUCCCGGCCAGAGGGUAUACCAGGCGCGACUGUGGUCGUCGUCGGCACCGAUGGCACUGAGCUCUUCGCCAAGUCAGCUGGCAAACGAGGCGUUUCGGGCACUGAGGACAUGGCGUUGGAGCACAUUUUCUGGAUUGCCUCGUGCACGAAACUACUAACUGGAAUUGCCUGCCUGCAGCAGGUUGAACGUGGCUCUCUGAAGCUGGAUGACAGUGACCAACUUGAGAGUUUUUGCCCUGAGCUCAAAGACUUCAAAGUGUUCAACAAAAAUGGGGGCCUGGAGCCCAAAAGAAAAGGCAUUACACUCCGAAUGCUUCUCACGCACACGGCUGGAUUUGGGUAUCCAUUCUUCAACGAGAAGCUACGAGAUUGGUGCAUUUCCGAGGGCGCGCAGAUGUCUGCUGCCAGUUUGUCAGACAUGAACGCGCCGUUGUUGUUUCAACCAGGAGAAGGCUGGGAAUACGGGAUUAACAUUGACUGGGCAGGUAUUGCAUUGGAGAGAGCCACGGGUACCAAGCUCAACGACUACAUCCAGACCCAUAUCUGCCAGCCUCUGGGUUUAGAGAACGUGACCAUGUUUCCGACGUCGGAAAUGAAGGAAAAGCUCGCGUACAUGCAUCAACGCUCGCAUGAUGGGACUUAUUUGGCUCGUGACCAUUUCUAUGAGCAACCACUCAAGGCUCAGACCAAGGAACAACAAGAUGCCAUAUUUCACAGCGGCGGGGCAGGCAUGUUUGCCAAGCCACAGGAGUUCUGUCGUGUCCUGUCCGUUCUGCUGAACGGUGGAAUCUGUCCCAAAACAGGGGCCCAGAUCCUCAGAAAGGCCUCCGUGGACGACAUGUUUCGCAACUCCGUCCCUCAAUUUCCGCAAUUUGGCCGCCAGGGCAUUCCCGCUGCAAUUCCGGAACUGACGCAUCCUGUUCCGGACUUGUACCCGACAGAAGGCAACUCGCCACAAGGAUUUGGUCUCACUAUCAUGCUUACAGGCGGUGCCACUGGUCGGUCUGACAGUACUGGGUGGUGGGCUGGACUCCCGAACCUAUUCUGGUGGGUAGAUCGUGAAAAGGGUGUUGCGGGGAUGAUCUGCACGCAGAUUCUGCCAUUCGCUGAUCCCGAUGUCUUGAGUCUUUGGGGUAGAGUUGAGGCGGGUGUGUACAAGGCUCUGGCGGCAGCAGAAGAACAGGGUUUUUGGAAUGAGACAGGCUUCGUGCAAAGACUUGCCAAGGACUAUGAUGGACGGGGCACUUAG